AACCUCACAGCAACCUGGGUUCAAGUCCACCAGUCAUCAGACUUUUGUUUGUGGAGAAUCUCCCAGAAAGGAGCUCACUGCCUCCUCACUGCUCCACCAUGACCUUGGUGUUCACCUUGAUGCUUGAGGUGCUCCUGUUCCUGAGAGGAGCCGGAGCCCAGUCGGUGACCCAGCCUGACGGCCACAUCACUGUCUCUGAAGGAGCCCGUCUGGAGCUGAGGUGCAACUACUCAACUUCUUUUUCGUCCUAUCUCUUCUGGUACAUACAGUACCCCAAUCAAGGACUCCAGCUUCUCCUGAAGUACACAUCUGGAAACAGCCUUGUCUCAGGUAUCAAAGGUUUUGAGGCUGAAUUUAGGAGCAGUGAGAAGUCCUUCCACCUGAGGAAAACAUCAGCCCAUUGGAAAGACUCGGCCAAGUACUUCUGUGCUCUGAGUGACACAACUAGUGGAAGUAGCAGCUAUAAACUGACAUUUGGAAAAGGAACUCUCUUAAUUGUGAAUCCAAAUAUCCAGAACCCCGACCCUGCCGUGUACCUGCUGAGAAGCCCCAAAUCCAGCAACACCUCCGUCUGCUUAUACACCGAUUUUGAAUCUCAAGCCAAUGUGUCACAAGUCACGAGGCCCGUGGUGUUCAGCUCAGACAGCACCGUGCUAGACAUGGGAGCAUUGGGUUCCAAGAGCAACGGGGUCGUGGCUUGGAGCAGCAGGACCGAUUUGGGAUGCGGAGACACCUUCAACCAGACCUUCUACUCCAGCUCAGGAAUUCCCUGUGAUGCCAAGAUAGCAGAGAAAAGCUUUGAAACAGAUAUGAACCUAAACUUCCAAAACUUGUCAGUGAUCGGCUUCCGCGUUCUCCUCCUGAAAGUGGUCGGGUACAACCUGCUCAUGACGCUGCGGCUGUGGUCCAGCUGAGGUCUCCAAGAACGUGAGAGCCCCGUGCUCCCUCUCCCCUUGUUCCUUGUCGCCCGCCUCCUCUACUCUUCAAGCAGAGAGGUGCACUCUCUGCCCCCGUGGACAAGAAGGCUCCCUCCACCUCUCUGGCCCCACUGGCAAUACCACCAACUGGGUCCUACCAGAUAUUCGUGAUCAAGACGCUGAAGAGCUGCCCAGCACUGCUGCCACCCCUCUGCUCCCUCACUGCUGCCUGUUACUGCCUGGCAUUCUCAGCAAAGACGGAGGCCGCUGCAGCCUCUCCUGGCUGUGGGGAAACUCCCUCCCUGCCCCGCCCCUCCCCGAGACUGCCUCUGAUGUCCCACUGAAGGAUGGAUCCCAGUGCGUUCUCUUGGGCUCUAGCUCCUGGAGAUGUUGUGUGCUGUUUAUAUUUUUUACACAGUGUUCAUAGAGAAAUACAUAUCACCCUUUUCCCCAAGAUGUGGGGGAGAUUCUCUCAUGAUCUAGGCCCUGCUCUGCUUGUGUAUCUGAGCCACGUUGUCUAUUCUGCUGCCAUGGCUUCAUUAAAAGCAAUGUGGAAGAGCAGAGGCUGUGCUCCUGUUUGAUUGGAUUUGGUCGGGAUCGUCUUCGGCCUGCUGUGGAUCACUAGCUGGGCAGAAAGAAACCAAGGCAUUUGUCCAUGAUGACGUUCGGGGAGCCUGACUCAACAAGCUCCUUCAGUCCACCUCUUCAUGGAAAAACCUCUAAAAAAUUCCACUUAGAAGGCUGUACUGGGGGCCAGGUGAACCCGCUGAAAAGCUCGGGUCCCUGCUCUUCCACGGGGCCACCCGUAGCAGGAGGCCCAUGUACAUGGGUGGUAAUGACCUGGAGUUGAAAUUUGGCAGACAGGGACCAUACAGCAAGUGUCCCCAAAAGGCCACCCACUGUCUCCUGCCCUGAAGCAACAUUUCCUUUGCCUUUCCUUUCAGACUGGAUUCCCGUUGAAACAGUGCAUUGACCUACAAAUUCAUGGCUGGGAACCACCCACCAUUCCACUGCCUGGGUCCCAACCCAAGGCCCAGCCCGUUGGAGUGCCCAGUCUAGGAGGGGGGAAGCGGGUAGAAGAUUUUGACCCUAGCCACACUUUC